ACAGAGACAGUGCAUUGUGGGGAACCGGCAGAUCGUAUGAGUGAUUCGUAAACAACACCUCACCUACAGGUUAUGGUAUUUAGAUAAUACUCAUGUUGAAUCUGACAUUAUUCGUGCAAAUUGACUUUUGUUAAGAGUCAGACAAUGUUAAAAACGUUGUCCUGAGAAAAUAUGAUCAGAACCACUCUGUAGUAAGAAAAAAAUGUUUCUGGGUUUUGGUGGAGGUGAAUUGUAGAGCAGGAUCAUGUGGAUCUCAUUCUCCUUGGUGCUACCCACCUCAUCCUCCAAGCACAAACAGGUGUGUGAUUACCUACGUCUGCAUCACUCAGUCACGCACUCCUGUGUCGCUUCAGUUAACUGCUGUAUCCAGCAAUUUAUCCAACAUACACUACCAUUCAAAAGUUUUGGGUCAAUGAGAAAUUUUCUAGCUUUUGAAAAAAAAAAAAAACAAGUUUUUUGUUCAUUAAAAUAACAUGAGAUUGAUCGGAAAUACCGUGUAGACAUAGUUAAUUUAAACGACUAUCAUAGCUUGAAACAACUUUAAUGGAAUAUCUACUUAGGUGUACAGAGGCCCAUUAUCAGCAACAAUUAGUCCUGAGUUCCAGUGGAAUGUUGUGUUUGCUAAUGCAAGUUAAUCAUUUUAAAAGGUUAAUCGAUCAUUAGAAAACCCUUCUGCAAUUUUGUUAGCACAGAUGAUAAUUGUUGUGCCGAUUAAAGAAGCAAUAAAACUGGCCGCCUUUGGACUAGUUGAGUAUCUGGAGCAUCGGCAGUUGUGGGUUUCUCACGCUCAAAGCUCAAAAUGGUCAGACACAAAGAACUUUCUCCUGCAGCUCGUCAGUCUAUUCCUGUUCUGAGAAAUGAAAGCUAUUCCAUGCGAGAAAUUGCCAGGAAACUGAAGAUCUCGUACAAUGCUGUGUAUCACUCCCUUCACAGAGCGGCGCCAACAGGCUCUAACCACAAUAGAAAGAGGAGAGAGAGGCCCUGAUGCACAACUGAGCGAGAGGGUAAAUAUAUUAGAGUGUGUAGUUUGCGAAACAGACUGAGAAGGGCGAAUGAACACAGACACUGGACAGAGGAAGAUUGGAAAAAAAGUGCUAUGGAUUGAUAAACUUUUCUAAAAGUAGAAAAGUUUGAGGUAGUAGUAUCACAAAGAAGGUGGUUUAUGAGAUGCAGAACAAAUGAAAAGAUCCUGGAGGACUGCUUGAUGAAAUCUGUGAAGCAUGGUGGAGGCAAUGAGAUGGUCUGAGGCUGCUUUGGUGAUUGUAAACUGGGAGAUUUGUACUGGGUAAAAGGGAUCUUGAAGAAGGAAGACUAUCAUCAUUCUGCAAUGCCAUGCCAAACCCUGUGGGCGGAGCUUAAUUGGAGCCAAUUUCCUCCUACAACAGGACAAUAACCCUUACACAGCUUCAGACUAUGCAAGAACUGUUUAGGGAAGAAGCUGGUAUUCUGUGUAUAAUGGAGUGACCAGCAUAGUCACUGGAUCUCAACUCUAUUGAGCUGUUAUGGGAGCAGCUUGACCGAAUGGUACGCAAGAAGUGCCCACACAGCCAAUCCAACUUCUGGGAGAUGCUUCAGGAAGCAUGGGGUGGAAUCUCAUCAGAUUACCUCAACAAACUGACAUCUAGAAUGCCCAAGGUCUACCAGGUUGUAAUUGCUGCAAAUGGAGGACUCUGACGAAAGCAAAGUUUGAAGAAAACAAUUAUUAAUUUCAAAGAUUUCUAGUAAUGACUAUUUCCUAUUUAUUUAGCUGUAUUUCUUAUUCAAACUCAUUUCAUGUAUGUUUUCAUGGAAAACAAGGAAAUUUCUAAGUGACCCCAAACUUUUGAAAAGUAGUUAGUGUAUGGAGUUUAUGUAAGUAAGUUUGGAGUUUUUUUUUCUUAUGGGGGGGGCAUCCAACCAUAAUAUCUACAAAUACAAUUUAUUUUUUGUCUUAUCUGAAGCAGAUUGCAUAUUUAGGAUGUUAAAGAUAAAGGCCUGAUGGUGUUGAUGAAUUUCAUAUAUUCCUCAGGAUGACUGAGUUUAACAAGAUGUCCCCUAGAAAAAUGUAAACAACUUCAUUUUUUCCCAUGAAGCUAUUGGUCAUAGUAAUGCUAGAACAUGUGGUCUGGUCAUAGCACCACCACCUCUAACACCACCUGCAUGAGGAUCCUUUCGUAUUCGCUCUGCUUCCUUCGGUAACCAUGGCUGCAUGCUCUCUGGAACCCGAUAGGCCAAUGACUCUGGUCUCCCAGGGCAACGUUAGCACGCAGCAGCGAAUGAGGUUCCGCUCCGGCUGAGUAGCUUCUCGAUAUCCUAGCCACACUCUUAAGGGUCAGCCGGUGUGAACGCUCCCGCAUCCCAUGGACAAGAGCGUGAUCAGAUUCAGCCACUGCGGCCGGAACAUCUACUGUUUCUCCAUCCCAGAGCGAUGCCCUCAGUGUGGCGUUGGCCUUGGUGGUCGCCGUCUGGAGGAGGCCCCAGUCAGCAUCCCCAGCCCCUUCUCCAAUGGACACAAGGCACUCUGCUCCUUCCUCAUCGCCCCGACAGAGGGACACUUUGUCAGGGAGUUUGACGGAGGAUCUGACCUACAUACUGGGAUCACAGACACUAACGGCGUGGUCUACAACUACACCAAGACAGGGGUCCGCAGAGACGAGUAUGGGUGGGAGAGGUGCAUCAGCAUCCCACUGGUGCAACCAGACAUGUACAACCUCAUCAACCAGUGGGACCGGUACCUCGACAAGUUCUCCUCUGCCCACAUGUGGGACACGCAGUGGCAAAGAUUUGAUGAGGAAAAGCACAACUGUUACAACUUCACCCUGACGUUCAUAAACUGCGUGCUGGCAACUGAACACAAGCGCGCUCUGAGUAAAGACGAGUUCACAAACGCCUUCGUCCUCCCCCGGAUAAAAAGGGCCUCGAAGUACAGCGUCCUGUGCAGAGAGAUCGCCGAGAACCACUUCUACAUCGUGAUGGACCACAAGAACCGACACGGAGACCACAGUGAGAACUAACAUCGACAUUUUACUACCUGAAGACCACAGCUAAACGUGUUAAACUGAUGUUAAUUAAAACUACCUCCACUUUCAUAGUACAAUC